AUGAUGGUUGCCGGUCUCUCAACUACACUAACGACUAGACCACUUGAAGCAAAUAGUCGAAUGGAUUUGUCGACCGGUUUACGAACGAGAAGCGGAUCGUCGUCAGAGGAAACGGAAACAUUGCGCGUGCGAAUCGUUCGCGGUGAGAAAUUGGGUGGACGAGAUUUAUUCGGAGUGACAAGUCCAUAUGUGAUUGUAAGUGUGGAAACGGCUGGAGGGGAACUCAUUCAUAAAGUGCAAUUGGAAACAAAGAAAAAGACCCGGAACCCGCAAUGGCACGAGCGAGUGACUUUUCGAUGCACUCGGAAUAGCUGGCUGAAAGUUCAUGUGUACAGUGAAAAUAAAAUUAGAAAGGAUCAAUUCUUGGGAAAAGUCGAAUUGGAUCUUUCAUCUCCACUCAUUCCGAAUGACUGUCGACCAGCUGGAGCAUAUGCAUUGAAAGGAGGGAAACAUAGAAAUGCUGGUAUAAUUCACAUGUCCGUUCAUUUCUCAUCAGGCGAUCAUUCACCGAGCACGAGCAGCGCCGACGCGCCCACCACUCCUUCAAUGCCGGAGGGUUGGGAAGAGCGGGAGGACGCAAACGGUCGAACAUUCUAUGUGAAUCACCUCCUACGGACAACUCAAUGGGAUCGACCGAGUCUCGAAGACAACAGUGAUAGUAUUCGUGAUAUUGAGAAUCGUCAAGUUGCCCGUUCAAACUACAAUCAGCGAAUGGGUGUCGAUUCAAGUCCGCAAGCUGUUCACAAUGAUUUGGUGGCAUUGGAUGAGAGAAUGAGUGCUAAUUUUCACGGAACGCCAAACGGAAAUGGAGAUGAUGAGGAUGGAUCGUUACCGGCUGGAUGGGAUAUGCAGGUUGCUUCAAAUGGUCGAAUCUUCUACGUCGAUCACAACACGAAGACCACUCAAUGGGAUCAUCCGAGAACUGGCUUCAUCCGAAGUGUCGGGAAAACCGAUGACGAAUUGGGACCGUUGCCCGAAGGAUGGGAACAAAGAGUUCACACGGACGGCCGAGUGUUUUUCAUCGAUCACAACAGUAAACAAACACAAUGGGAUGAUCCGAGAUUCGAAAAUGAAAGCAUUGCCGGUCCGGCGAUCCCGUAUUCGAGGGAUUUUAAGAGAAAGGUGGAGUAUUUACGCCAAAAAUUACCCAGAGCGACGUCGAAUGGAAAAUGUGAUCUGAUCAUUCAUCGAGAUAGCAUUUUUGAGGACAGCUAUCGACAAAUUAUGGACAAAUCGGUUUCUGAGUUGCGUCACAAGCUUUGGAUCGAGUUCGCCGGAGAGACGGGACUCGAUUAUGGUGGAGUUGCAAGAGAAUGGUGCUUUUUGCUCUCCCAUGAGAUUUUCAAUCCAUACUAUGGACUCUUCGAGUACAGUGCAACUGACAAUUACACUCUUCAAAUCAAUCCCCAUUCCGAAACAGCAAAUCCCGAACAUCUCAACUAUUAUCAUUUCAUUGGAAGAGUGAUUGGAAUGGCGAUUUAUCAUGGGAAAUUAUUGGAUGCUUUCUUCAUCCGUCCAUUCUACAAAAUGAUGUUGGGAAAGAAGAUCACAUUAUUCGAUAUGGAAAGUGUCGACAAUGCUUAUUACAAUUCAUUGAUUUUUGUGAUGGAUAACGAUCCGAGCGAUCUCGAUUUAACAUUUUCGGUUGAUGAUCAAGUAUAUGGAGAGACACAAACCGUUGAAUUGAUUGAAAAUGGGAGAAAUGUCGGAGUGACAGAAGAGAACAAAAAGGAGUACAUUGAGGCUGUCGUCAAUUGGCGUUUCAUCAAACGAAUCGAGCCACAAAUGGGUGAAAUUAUGAAAGGAGUAAAUGAGAUUGUUCCCUCGAAUCUCUUGAAGCUCUUCGAUGCGAACGAAUUGGAAUUGCUGAUGUGUGGAUUGCAGAAAAUUGAUGUGAAAGAUUGGAAAGGAAACACGAUUUAUAAAGGAGGAUAUGGGCCAAGUAGUCAGGUGAUUCAUAACUUUUGGAAGUGCAUUCUCUCCUUUGACAACGAGAUGCGUGCUCGGGUACUUCAAUUUGUGACUGGCACGAGUAGGGUGCCGAUGAAUGGCUUCAGAGAACUCUAUGGAUCAAACGGCCCACAGAAGUUCACAAUCGAGCGUUGGGGCUCACCCGACAUGUUGCCAAGAUCGCACACAUGUUUCAAUCGUUUGGAUCUUCCUCCAUAUCAAACAUUCAACGAAUUGAAACAAAAACUGUGCACUGCCAUCGAGAAUUCCGAGAUUUUUAGCGGAGUCGAU